GGGAGGAGGCGGUGGCUGGCUGGCGCGUGCGCGCCAGGGCCGUUUGGGCUGCAGAGUGGCUGCCGCACAGUAACGGGAAGGGCGGCGCUCUGUGGCGGGCGGUGGCGGUUUCCUCCGUUGGGUCUUGGUGGCUGAGGCCGUCGGGGCCGGGCUCACACAACGCUGAGGCGGCGGCGCGGUCAUGGCGUCUUUCGUGGAGAGUUUCUGGGGGGAAAGGAACAAUGGCUUUGACGUCCUCUAUCAUAACAUGAAACAUGGACAUCUAUCAACAAAAGAUUUAGCAGAUUUUAUAAGAGAAAGGGCUACAAUAGAGGAGGCAUAUUCAAGGUCAAUGACAAAGCUAGCCAAAUCAGCAAGCAAUUACACGCAGCUUGGGACAUUUGCACCAGUUUGGGAUGUUUUCAAAAUAUCAUCAGAAAAAGUAGCAAGCUGUCACUUGGAGCUUGUCCGGAAAUUACAAGAGCUAAUAAAAGAAGUGCAGAAGUAUGGAGAUGAACAAAUCAAAGCUCAUAAAAAGACUAAAGAAGAAGUUUCAGGAACUUUGGAAGCAGUGCAAAACAUUCAGAGUAUCAUUCAGGCCCUACAGAAAUCAAAAGAGAACUAUAAUACUAAGUGUGUGGAACAAGAACGUUUGAAAAAGGAAGGAGCAACACAAAGAGAAAUUGACAAGGCAUCAAUAAAAUCAAAGAAAGCUACAGAUACCUAUAAACUCUAUGUAGAAAAGUAUGCUGCAGCUAAAUCUGACUUUGAAAAGAAAAUGACGGAAACUGCACAGAAAUUUCAAGACAUUGAAGAAAUGCAUCUCCUUCACAUGAAAGAGAUUGUAGAAUCAUUGUCAAAUACUGUAAAAGAAAUUCAUUUACAAAUAGGCCAGGUUCAUGAAGAAUUUAUUAAUAACAUGGCAAAUACUACAGUUGAAAGUUUGAUACAAAAAUUUGCAGAGUCAAAAGGCACUGGCAAGGAGAGACCUGGCCUUAUCGAAUUUGAAGAAUGCAACACAGCUAGUGCAGUUGAAGGGAUCAAACCAAGGAAAAGAAAGGCAUUUGGUUUAUCAGGAAUAAUUAAGAAAGAAAAAGAUGCAGAAUCUGUGGAAUGUCCAGAUGCAGAUUCAGUUAACAUUCCUGAUGUAGAUGACGAAGGGUACAGUAUUAAACCAGAAGCAAGCCAGAAUACCAAAGAGAACCAUUUCUACUCAUCCAGCGAUUCUGACUCUGAAGAUGAUGAACCGAGGAGGUUCCAUGUAGAAAUCAAACCUGUACAGCCAAAUAAUAGCUCUCACUACACUAUGGCUUCAUUGGAUGAAUUAAAAGUAUCUAUAGGGAACAUCACUCUUUCUCCAGCAAUAUCUAGACACAGUCCUGCUCAAAUGAACAGGAAUUCACCUAGUGAAGAGUUAACAAAAUCAAAGCAUUCUGCCCCAUCUAAUGAGAAGGGGAACAAUGACCUCCUCGCAUGGGAUCUACCCUUUGCCACUUCUCUUGAUUCAUCUUCUUCAGCUUCAUUGACAUCCUCAGCCUCAUUAGCUAGGCCCACAACUCCUCUUUCUGUAGGCACUAUUGUACCCCCUCCAAGGCCUGCUUCCAGACCAAAGAUCUCAACAGGGAAACUUAGUGGAAUUAAUGAAAUACCGAGGCCAUUCAGCCCACCCUUGACCUCUAACUCCAGUCCACCACCUAUAGCUCCUUUGGCACGAGCAGAGAGUAUCUCAUCAAUAUCUUCUUCUGCUUCUCUAAGUGCAGCAAAUACACCCACAGUAGAUGAUGAUAUAGUCAUUGGAAAGCUCCCUACGAUUGAAAAACUUUGUGAGACACCUGCAGGUGUUUCACGUGGUCCCAGCCCUGUCACCCUUGGAAACCAGGACACCCUGCCUAUUGCAGUAGCCUUUACUGAAUCUGUUAACGCCUACUUUAAAGGAGCAGAUCCUACAAAAUGUAUUGUGAAGAUCACUGGUGAUAUGACAGUGUCAUUCCCAAGUGGGAUUAUUAAAGUCUUCACCAGCAACCCAUCUCCAGCUGUACUCUGCUUCAGGGUAAAAAACACAAGCAAACUAGAGCAGAUUCUUCCAAAUGCACAACUUGUAUACAGUGAUCAAUCACAAAGUGACUCCAGUACAAAAGAUUUUUGGAUGAACAUGCAAGCUGUCACAGUCUACCUCAAGAAGUUAUCAGAGCAGAAUCCAUCUGCUUCCUAUUAUAAUGUUGAUGUUUUAAAAUAUCAGGUAUCUUCAAAUGGUAUCCAGUCCACUCCUUUGAAUCUUGCAACUUACUGGAAAUGUAAUGCUAGCACUACUGAUGUAAGAGUGGAUUACAAGUACAAUCCAGAAUCUAUGACUGUGCCUAGUAUGCUGUCUAACAUACAGGUUGUCGUACCGGUAGAUGGAGGAGUAACAAACAUGCAGUCACUUCCCCCUGCAAAAUGGAAUGCAGAACAGAUGAAAGCUUUUUGGAAAAUAUCUGGUAUUUCAGAAAAGUCAGAGAAUGGAGGUUCUGGAUCCCUGAGGGCAAAAUUUGAUCUUUUAGAAGGACCUAGUAAACCAGCUACACUUGCAGUGCAAUUCAUUAGUGAAGGAAGCACCCUUUCAGGUGUAGAUGUAGAGCUAGUAGGCUCUGGCUACCGGCUUUCCCUAGUUAAAAAGAGAUUUGCCACUGGACGAUAUAUGGCAGAUUGUUGAUAAACCUGUGGAAAUCAUUGAAUCAAAGGAGCAGAAGAAGCUAUUUUCUCUACCUUUCAAACACUAUUUUAACAUGCAUUAAUUUUUUUAAACUUUGACCUGUUUUACAAAAUAAAAAAAAUGCACUUUUUUAAAGAAGUCAUUUUGGGAAAAAAAUGUUAUUUUAUAAUAGCACUGAAGUGAACUUCAACACUGUUUGUAAAUGAUCAACUACAAUCUUUUGGAAACUUGUUUAUUCAGAUUUUAGUAAAUUUAUAUAAACUAAGUCAAAAUACUAAUCAUUAGCUAUAUUGAAAAUGUAUGAAACGAUAUUAAACUGUAAACAUUAAACUUAAAAAAGUAGGAGAGCAAGCACAAAAUAUUUUAGCUUUGCAUAAAUAUUCAUAUGUAGGUUUUCUGUUUCCUUAAUUGCCAUUGUGCAAAGCAAACAGAGGCAAAGAUAAUCUCUCCACCCACUUAUGUUGCAUUCAUGUGCUAUAAAAUCAGUUGUUAGAAAGAGAUGUAUACAAAAAGUAUAAUGUGAUUCCCAUGUACCAUAUAUUAAAGUGUAAAUUGUUUUAUAUAUAAGAUUUAAUUUUUUUUCCUAAGUGCAAUGUGUUAAAAAUUGCAAAAGGCAGCAGAGAUACUUACUUCUGCUGUUAGUAAAUUUUAUGGGAGUUGUGAUUGUUUGAAUUAAUGCUGUAGACUUAAUUUAUUUUUAUAUGGAUUACAUAACAUUUGUGCCUUUUUUUAAACUGCCUGUCCAAUUUGUUGUUGAUGUGCCUCACUUCCUUUUUCAGUCUGGCUCUUCCAUACCGUGGUGUAUGUAAUGCAUAGAACUCCAUAAAAUUCCUUUGAGUGGAAUUUAGAAAGUAUAUUUACAAUAACUGGAGGUUGCUUUGUAAAAUGUUUAAAAUACUGGAUUACUUCCUUAUGGGGUAAUUGCAAUAAAUGCAGCCAUUGUAGAGGGAAAUGCAUAGCGCAAGACUUUAAAUAUAAAUCACAGAAAAACUCUGUCAAAGUUUCAACUUUAAUCUCACCAAAGAAGUGUGAAUUCUGAAGAUGCAUAAAGAAUGAUAAAAACAGGAUAAUUUUUAAAACAAAUGUAGCAUUUCCCUUCACUCUGACUACUAAGCUGUUUAAGAUUCAAGUGCUUUAUGGACUUGUGAUAUGAAUGUAAACGUUGUGCUUUGUGAGGAAUAGCAUUUUAGAAAGAUAUAUUUUUGGCAGCAGCAAGAAAAGUGCUGCCAUUUGCAUUAUUAAUUUAAGCUUCACUGAAAAACUACCACUUCGUAUGUUUGUAUUGUCACCUAAUCUAUUUGCCAUAUGCAAAAUACAGGGAAGUGAUCUGAAGUGACACAUUGGUAGUAUUUCUUAAAACCGGUUAGUAACUUCAAAAAUCAGUUAUGUAUUGUGCUAUUGUUAAACAAGUCCUUAUUAAGUGCAGAAAUCAAUUGUUUUGGGGCAGAAUAAUUUAAUAACCUGCAAAUGGGAAUAGUAUAUUAUAAUUCUGAAUACCAAUGUCUAUUCAGAUUAUAUACUGGAAGCAAUAAUAAAUUGUUUUGUGUAAUAAUUCAUGUAAAACCACUAACAAAUUGGACUGCUAAGCUUUACACAGAUGAAUUUUCAGGACCCUUAGACACUUACGUAAGUUCUGAUUCAUGUACACACUACAGACAAGAGUCCAUUGUUAAACAAUAUACAGUACAGUAUGUGCUUUUUAUAUGUAUUCCUUGUUAUAACAAACCUGAAUUAAAUUUGACUGGAGCAGUACAUAUGACUCUUAAUUUGCUAAAAUAUUACUCUUUACUGAAUGAUGAACAUAACUAGAAUAUCUAAUUCUUAUUGUAAUUGGCAUUUUAAAUGGUACAGUCUUUUACUGGAAUCUUAAUUGUAAUUUGCUUUGCAAUCAAACUGUGUGUUUAACCUGACAGUUAUUUUAUUAUUGAAAUCCAAGAAUUAUUUUACUCUCCAUUUUUAAUCAAGUAUUACUUAACUACUUCAUUAAUUUAGAAAUUUAAGUUUCAACAAUUUUAAACUAGCAUUCAUACCAGGUGAUAAAACAUACAUUUGUAAUGGGUACAGGUUACAAUUUUGAAGCCAUACAAAUUUAUAUAGACUUCUUGUAGAGAAAUGGAUCAACAGUGUAAAAAAAUGAGAUUUGAUGAGAAAUGUAUGUAGCAAGCUGGUUCUUGCUUGUGUAUACAGCGAUAACCUUUGUAGCUGCCGCCUAUUGAGAAAAUGAAUUUUUAAACAGUUCUAAAGGA